AUGGGUCAUAAAACAAUACCGUGUCCCCACCCCUCCUCCUCCCUCGCUACUCACGCCUGCCCCGUCACCCGCCAAAGCUGUUACCGAACGUUCGAGUGUAAGACAGAUUUCGGUAACAUGUACCGAUUCGCGAAGCUGUUGCUUUUGGGCGUCAGCAACAUCCGCAAGAGGGUGAUGUUCAACACAUUGCAAGGCCAGUUGGACACGUACUCAGCGAUCCUGCUGAAGAUCAACGCAACUGAGCGGGUGAUCGACUUCCUCAAGAUGGACGUCGAGGGCGCCGAGAUUCAGUUCUUCGAGGACGUCUUGGCCCACAACGUCAGCCUCCUGGCCAACGUCAAGCAGAUAGGCAUGGAAAUACAUCCAAAUGUGGACACCAACAGAAGAGACCAGCUGUGGAAAUACAUGCACCAUCUGGCGGCGCUGAACUUCCAGCUGGUCUCCAUGGAACCGAACCACUGGUCGCUCAUCACGAGCGAGGGGGGCAGGCAGGCUUCUAACUCAUACGAACUUGUUUGGGUUAAUGAGAAAUUUAAACAAUGAUAAAUGUUUAAUUGUUGAACUAUUUCGAAUAUCCUACGACUAUUUCUGAAAUCAGCAAAUGCAAGUUUUCCAAAUAUUAGUUUUACUUUUAAAACACGUUAAUUUCAUCCCCGCAUAAUUUUUUGCUUGCGAUCAAAAUCCAUUAAAUUUUGUGAAAUGUUUGAAUCGUGUUACGAACCAGCAGAGAAAAAUGUAUUUUUUUUUUCUAUCGAUAUAACCAGAGUAAGAGUGCGUUAUAACACGGUAUCUAACAUCUUCAUUUUUUAGUGGAUUCAUGCAAAUUGAAAUUGAACUAUUUAACUUCGGAGCCGUAUCCCAGAGCUCGUCCCCGAAAGGUUUAUUGGAUAAUAUGGAAUAUUCCUUGUACUUUUUACGGUGAUAAAAUUUUAUAUCAAUUCCGUUCUUCCUAUAGACGCUAUGAGUUUCCUAUAGUCGCUAUAAGUCUAUUCUGAAUAUUCCAUAAUUCUGAUACGAAUAUCUGCUCAUGCAAGUUAUUUUUGCAUAAUAUACUUCUAUUUCAUUUGUUUCCAUCCAAACCAGUUCCGAGAUUUUUCCCGCUUCGUGUUGCGCUAAUUGAUACUCUGCAGCAUGAGAAUCAAAGACACUAUUCGCCGUCUGAGGCUAUCGCACUGCAAAUUUUCGUGUAUUUAGCUAUAAACUUCAGGAGAAAACUUUAUUCAGUAGUCUAUUGUUCUAUGUAAACAAACUCAUUACUGCCAAUAAUACGGCUAAGUUCUAUUCUUUCUUGGGUACCGAUCUUCUAACUCAUUAAACUAUAUGUUAUGAUAUGUCAUGUUGGUACCUUCAUUCUCAUACUUUUUGAAAUUCUAAACCCAAGCAUUAAUAUAAAGGAAUAAUCUACCUCUGAUAGGUUCAGGAGGCCUCCUGUCUGGAUGUAGUGACGUUUGGUAUCAAAGAUUGGAUGACACGUUCCCAUUCGCCAGCUCCCUCAUGCAAGGCCGUUUUUUACAGCCAUUGGUUACUAAAUCUCGAUCAAAGUCAUCUCGGCUUCUAAAUUAUUUCUCAGCCGUUUGCUCUCGAAGUCAAACCAAAGCCCUUUCUUUGCAAUAUUCAUUUCGAUAAUAAAAUUUUCAUUUCAAGUGUCAGCAAGAAUUUUUCAAAGCGUGUCUCCAACACUUCCUGUCAAUCUUGAUCUUCCUCCGCUCCCAUUGGGGCCAGAGAUCCUCAUUCAUGGCCCUCACAGCUCACAGAAGGCGUUUCGUUUGUGCAGUUGUUUUGUUUCCUAUACGUAUCACAUCGGCCGGAAUUUCAAAGCAUAACCUCGGCAUUUUCAUCAUGCAAAGAGCUCAUUUGAUCUCACAAGCGUUUCAAUGCGCCUUCCGUUACUGAAAACCCAAAAAUUUCUUCUAUAGGCUGCCCAUCAGGGGUUUGUUGCAUUAGUUAACUACAGAAAAAUGAGCCCGCCCAAUAGCUUUCUUCACAAAUGCAUUCCAGUCAAUGCGGUUAACUGAAACAUAGCAAUAAAGCCAUCCCACAGGUUUUUCGUUUUUUCUUCUAGAAAGCCACGCACAUUGCGUCCCCCGCACUGUUGAGUUUAAACUAUUUAAAAUACAGUAGUUCUUAAACUACGAGCACCUUGGUUUGGAGUUGUUUCUAGUUCUUUAACUCACCUUGGUUUGGAGUUGUUUUAACCAGAAUAAAGCUCUGGCCUGCAUUAAAACCAUAAGUGAAAUGCAUGGUGUCUGUUAGUUCCUCCACAAUACCUUUUCCACCUAAGUUCCUACACUCAGUAAAUGUAAUCGUUUCUGGUAACAAAUUUUUAUUACCGUGAUGAGUUGGGAAUAGUUUUUAUACUAAUUAACGGUACAGUGCGAUAUUGCCUAUUGGGUAUAGUUCUGAAAGUCCGUAUUUCUAAGUUCGGCCUCUCAGAUAUGCUUUAUUGGUGCUCUUACUGAGCACUAAUUGUGCUCUUAUACUUCAUUAUGGUGCUAAUACUGAGCCUGGAGUAGCAACGUGGAUUAUGAUUAAAACGUAUUCAUUCAAA